AUGGAGCCACCGGCCCCCAGGUCCUCGUCGUUUGAACUCGACAGCGCAGGCAAGCCGGAUCCAUCUCCGUCAAGGAAGAAGCCGCGGAGGAGUGCGGAUCCGCACAAUCAAAAGCGCCGCUGUGUGUCCACGGCGUGCGUCGCAUGCCGGAGGCGGAAAUCAAAGUGCGAUGGAGCACUCCCGAGCUGCGCGGCAUGCGCCAGUGUCUACGGCACCGAUUGCGUGUACGAUCCCAAUUCGGACCAUAGGCGAAAGGGCGUUUACAAGGAGAAAGUCGACAGCACCAAGGCAAACGAGUCAACCUUGCAGAUUCUCAUAGAGGCCAUCCUCAACGCCGCAGAGGAUGAUGUUCACGAGAUUGUUAGGCAAAUACGGACCUGUGACAAUCUUGAUGCCAUGGCCACAUCACUUGUCAACUCUGGCCAUGGAAUUGACCAUACAGCUAGCGACGAUGACACUGAGGUCGACCAUGAUUAUGCGACCACUUUGCCCAUGGAAGGGGAGCGGGAUUUGGCCCGCAAAAUGGGCGAGCUACGGCUCGAGAACGGCUCAGUUCGAUUCAUUGGAGGAACGUCUCAUCUCAUCUAUCUUGGCACAGAGAUGAUGCCUCAUGGAGAUGCAGAGGCAGAGGAGUCUGUCAUGGUCGAUGCAAAUCCCAUCACAAGCUGGACAAAUGUGACAGAAGACCCGCAGGUCGUCAUCCACUUGCUCAACAUGUACUGGAACUGGCAUUACCCAUACUUCACAACCCUUUCCAGAAGCUUGUUCUAUCGCGACUUCCUGAAAGGGAAGUCCCAGGUCUCGGCACAUAGGACAGCUUACUGCUCUGCAUUACUGGUCAACGCCAUGUUGGCUCUUGGCUGCCACUUUACCAACGUCGGUGUAGCAUACGCUGUACCUGGUGACAGCUGGACAAAGGGCGAUCACUUCUUCACAGAGGCGAAGAGGCUCAUCAUGGUCAACGACGAGUAUGAAAAGCCGAGACUUACAACAGUACAAGCGUUGGCUCUCAUGUCUGUGCGGGAGGCGGGUUGUGGGCGGGAAGCGAAAGGUUGGGUCUACAGCGGCAUGAGCUUCAGGAUGGCUCAGGAUCUUGGUCUCAACAUGGACAUUGCCGGUGUUACCGCCCAGGACCAGCAUCUGGACGAGAAGGAGGUCGAUGCCCGCCGUGUCACCUUCUGGGGUUGCUUCCUAUUUGACAAGUGUUGGUCCAACUACCUUGGCCGGCUGCCGCAAAUACCGAAGAACUCAUUCAACGUUCCAAAAUACGACGUAUUUCCCGAUGAAGAUGCUCAGGACUGGAGUCCCUACACGGAUACUGGAUACGAUGAAGUCAACAAGCAGCCAAGCAGAACACGCGCUGUUGGUCUGCAGCUGCUGAAGCUGUCUGAAAUAAGCAGUGACCUUUUAUUGUUCUUCUACCAUCCGAACCACAUCGGACGAUCGCACAGCAAGUCGGUCGAGUUGAAGAAGCUGAGUGAGCUCCAUCGACGGCUUGAGGAUUGGCGGAAGGAUUUACCAAAAGAGCUUGAGCCGAAAGAUGGCCAGCUCCCAAACGUCAUCUUGAUGCACAUGUUCUUCCACCUCCAGUACAUACAUCUCUUCCGCCCGUUUCUUCGGUACGCUCCGAAUGCGUCGCCGCUGCCAUCCCACGUUUCCCCGCGGCGAAUGUGCACGGCGAAUGCGGGUGCCAUUUCCAAGCUCAUGAGGCUUUACAAAAAGACGUACAACCUACGACAAAUAUGCAACAUAGCCGUUUAUAUGCUUCACUCUGCAUGCACUAUCCAUCUUCUCAACUUGCCUGAGAAGACGGCGAAACGAGACAUAGUACACGGUGUGAAGCAUCUCGAAGAGAUCGCCGAGGAUUGGCUAUGUGGUCGGCGCACGCUAAGCAUAAUCAGCGUGCUGGCCAGGAAAUGGAAUUGCGAGCUCCCAGAAGAGGCCGCGCAAGUUCUACAAAGGACGGAUGAGAGAUGGGGAUUUUUCAGCACCUCAGACGUACCCUCUCCCAGAUCGCUCCCGAGGGUUUCGCCGAGCCCAAGCCUCCGAACGCACAGCCCGGAA